UAUUAAAACCGGAAAAAAUUAGAAAUUAUUUAAGAAGUUUUAAUAUGUAGCCGGAUAAUCAACCUAUUGAAAAUAUAAUCACAGCAAGAUGAUAUGAUUUAAUAUUAUUUUUAUCGGAUUCCGCGUGCUGGCGAAAAAACAAAUAAAAACUUUCAUUUUCUCUGCGUUUUCAAAUAGAACCAACAAAACCAAGGCAGUGAAAGAGAAAACUGUCGAAUUGCAAGUAGUAUGAAUGGAUUAAUUGGCGUUCGAAAUUGAGAUGUGGUCAUGUAAUUCUUGAUGCAGUGGAAGAGCCGUAUUAUCAAAAAAUUAAUCAUCAUUAAUCGACUUUCAUCGCAGCUGUACCCACCACAAAUACUACACAUUACUAACUUCUGAAAGAUAUACAAAUAAAUUUAUAAUAAACUAACAAGUUGUAAUUGGCGAUAGCGAUAUAGCUAAUAAGUUGGACAGAUAACUCUUUCUUCCUUGAAACUUUAAAGCUAAGAAGUUAGGGUAAACAAGUUAAAAUUGUUUAUAAAAACCUUAAAGAGCUUUAAAGUUUAGAGAAUUUGUUUAUGAUGUCUAAUGGGCUGGGAGAGUGUAGAGGUGACAUUGCCGACGCUGAGUGGCAAUUUUGGUGUCGACUAUGUUCUAAAGAUGAUGUACGAAAUAUCAACAUACUACCAGAAGGGAGUCGAACACCAGCCACAAAUCCUUCAAGCUCUCUUUCGGAUUUCAUAGCAGAGUUUUUUAAAAUUCAAAUUGAAGAAGAUGCUGAACUACCACACUGGCUUUGUGGACAGUGCUUCUCAUUAAUUACAGCGCUUUCCAAAUACACAAUUCAAGUGAAGAAAGUCCAGAACAUGUAAAGUCUUAACCUGAGAGCAUUCCGUGAAAAAUAUAACUUGCUGGAUGAAGAUCUAUUUAUUUUUAGUUUAUUAGAUGUAAAAUCCUCAAUUGAAAAUAUUUUCGUGCCCGAUGUAGCAGAAAUGACGGAUAAGACAUUAGAGACCAUGAUAAAAAAUGAAAUAUUAACGGACGAAGUGCAAAGUGGUAUAUUUUUCGAAAGUCUCGAAUUCAAACGUGAAUUUCAAGAUCCUAUUGGGGACAUGGAGGAAAAUCAAUGUAGUGAAAUAGAUAGUAUUAAUUCAGGUAACGUAGAUAAGAAUUUAGAAACCAAAAGUGAAGAAUGCGUAAAAACCAAUAGCGAUAUAAAGGAAGAUAGAUAUUUUUGUAAAGACUGUUCAAUGUAUUUUCCACAAAGUGUUGAUUAUCACCAGCAUAUGGAGCAAAAGCAUAGCCUCUUUACAUGUCCGCAAUGUAGUAAAAAAUUCAAAACCACUACCCAUUUAAAUCUUCAUUUAAGAUCACAUGCGGCAAAGUAUCAAAAGAAUAAAUCCUUAAACAAAACGGAGCAAGCAACUAAGGAGUCUAAAUACAGUUGCAGCGAUUGUUCGAUGGAUUUUCAACGAAGAGGUAAUUAUUACUUACAUAUGAAGAAAACUCAUGGCGUUGUUAAAAAUGAUGAGCCACAUCUUUCAUGUCCACAAUGUGGUAGAACUUUCAAAACUAAUUUCAAAUUAAAUCGUCACAUUAAAACUCAUCGCCCCCUGGCCGAGAAGCGAAUAUUUCCAUGUCCGCAAUGUGAACGAAAAUUCCAAACGAAAGAUUACGUUGCUAGACAUAUAAAAUUUGUACACGAGAACAUACGUUCAUUCAUUUGCGAAGAAUGUGGGGAAGGUGUACGUACAGAAGCUACACUACGAGAGCAUAUGCUCACUCAUACCAACAAUACACCCUUUAUAUGCGAAGUAUGCGAGAAAGGCUUCAAAAAUCAAUCACGUCUGAAGAAUCACAUGGAGAUACACAGUAGCAAUAAACACAUCUGCAGUGAAUGUGGCUUACAGUUAAAUUCUCGAGUAACACUAAAUCGGCAUAUGCUUGUACAUUCGGAUGUAAUGAGUCAUAAGUGCGACUACUGUGGGCGGGAAUUUAAACGUGCUAAAACAUUAAAAGCGCACUUAAUACUACAUAGUGGCUUGAAGCCUUAUUCUUGUGACUUUUGUGACAGAACUUUUGCUAACGGUUCGAAUUGUCGCACACACAAAAAAAAGUCGCAUCCAGAAGAAUUAGCCGCGCAGGAGGCUUCCGGAGGAAAGCAAUUCACAAAGAAUAUACCCAAAUUGGCUGUUUUAAAAACAGUAACACGCUCGGCUGAAAAUCUCCUGCCUGUGGUAUCUAAGCAAAGUGGCAAUUUCUCAUUUGGCAAAAAGUCAAAACCACGUCCUCCAGCAGAACCACAACCACAGAUGGAACUACAACACCCCCUCCAGCAUCAGCUUGAAUUACAACCCUAGUAGAUUUUCCUAUUAGAUCGGAUAAAAUUAUAAAAUGAAUGUAACAGCUUAAAUAAGAAGUAUGAUUGGGGGUGUGGUUACCUCCGAAACAGCUGUCACUUUUAACAUUUUCUUUUGCAUAACAAAAAUAUUCAAUUUAUCGAAAGUAAAUAGGCCUUUCACUAUCUAAAUAAUACAAAAAAAGUGUACUGUAUAUAUGUAUAUUUACUGUAAUAAAGUAUAAAGAUCAAAUUGAAAAUUAUUA